AUGUCUCAGCCCCUUGAUUUGAGGCGCCCCUAUGCGGAAUGGUCUCCGGACGAGGGCCAAGCUGUCGUUGACGAGUACGACUUGCUGACGGAUGCCCAGAGGGAGAUCGGCUUUGCCCAUGGCACAAGGCAGUUCAGUCGACGGGUCCGGGAGAUCAGUGAGCUGCUGCACUCGAAGUUGCGCGCCAAGUAUCCCGAAGGGAGCCCUGUUGGCCACUGGCAGCGCUCCGUCUCGAGCAUCAAGUUCUUCGUGAGCGCGAUGCUGGAGAAGAGUACCAGCAGCCAGAUCAAGCGACUGAAGCUGGCGAGGGAGUCGGUGAAGAGGAGUCUCGUGGAAGAGCACCAUCAGCUCGCUGCGGUCAGGGCGGAGCUCAAGGCAAAGGCGGACGCCUUGGCCCAGAGCGACAGCAGAUACAGAGACCUCGAGAGCCUCAUCGUCAAGAAGGUCUCCGAGCUUUCCCUCCGAGAGAUGGAGCUGCAGGAGAAGGUGAAGGAGCUGGCGCAGAAGGAGGCGGAGCUCGCUGCAACGAUCCUGCAGCUCUCGAAGAUGAAGGAGGAGCUGGGGCGGCUGCAGCAGCAGCUCAGGGAGAAGGAGGGGAUGAACCAGCGCCUGGAUCAGCAGAACCGGGCGCUGCAGGCAGACUUGGAAAGGAAGGACAAGGCAGAGAAAGCCCUGAGCCUUGCCAUGCAGCUUAAUGCAAGAGAGUACCAGAAGCUCGAAGAGAGCCAGGUCCAGAAGGGGAACGACAUCAACACCUUGCAGGAAAGGGUCAGCUCCCUCCAGAAGGACAAUGACAUCUUGGAGGAAAGGCUUGAGGCUGUUCAGCAGGAGAAGCGGCUGGCAGAUUCCCUCCGUGAUGAAGCUUUGACCGAGCUUCAGGACAUGCAUCGCNNCGCCCGGCUGCGAAGAUCGCUUGUUUGGGGCUGCCUGCAGGUCCAGCCUCAGCUGACCCCAAGAUCCCCAAGAACUCUGCUCCCUCCUCCUCUCGAUCUUUCGCGUCCUGUCCCAGGUGAAAAUUGA